AUGAAUUCCUGUUAUGGUAAAACAAUACAAAAACCUAUAAUGGUAGAGAAAAAAAUCUUUAGAACAAGAACAAAAAUGCUCUCCUAUUGGAGAAGAAAUUUAGAAGAUAUUUUAUCAGGAGAACAAUUGUUUGAAUCAGAUAUUUGGGUACUUCAAACAAAGAAACAGUUGGAUGAAUUUUAUGUACCUAAUAUUAUUGGUGUAUUGAUCCUUUCUAUGUCUAAAAGGAUUAUGAAUGAAUUAAUUUACUUAUGUGAAGAUAAUAACAUAAAUGUUUAUUAUCAGGAUACUGAUAGUAUACAUAUUGAAAAAGAUAAAUUAGUUCAAUUGAGAGAAUCCUAUUAUAUCAAAUAUAAUAGUGAAUUAGUGGGAAAUGACAUAGGUCAAUUCCAUUCUGACUUCCCACCAGUGAAUGGAAAAGAAAGUUGGGCAAUUAAGUCUAUCUUUCUAGGUAAGAAGUCUUACCUUGAUGUCCUCACCAAUGAAGAUGGGGACAUUGAUUAUUUGAUAAGAAUGAAAGGAAUCCCUAAGGAUGUAAUCAUUGGCACAGCCAAUGAGAAGUUCAAAAGGGAUGUGAUUGCCUUAUAUGAAUAUUUAUAUGCAGGCAAUCCUAUACCUUUGAUUUAUCAAAGUAUGGUCCUCACUUUGUUAUAG